UACUACUUUGUCUCAUUUGACUAGUUGUCGUGCGUUUCCGAGAACGUCGUAUUCGUCUGCGUCGAAAGAAGUCGAGCAAGAAAAAAAAAAAAACAACAAAGAGAAAAUCGAUUUUAUCUCCGCCCUGAUGGCAUAAAAUCGAUGAAAUUCUUAUUAAUAUUUUAGAAAUUAGUAAUAAAAACAAAUUCCAAACGAAAGUUUAACGAACGAUUUUUUUAUUUAAGUGGCGAAGUUGUUGGAAACUACAACACAACACCCAUCCAGCAUAAUCUUAGUUGCCAAACAAAAAACUAGAGCACACAGACAGACAAAAUGAUAACUUCCAAACUACGCCUGCCUUUGCUGGCGUUCAUAGCACUGUCAUGUUGCAUACUAAAGGCUGAAAGUCAAUUGGCCGGAAAGCUAUUACAAAAUCCCUGCGUUAAUAAAGCCACCUGUCACGAAUGUAUACAAACAUCGGAAUGUGCUUGGUGCUCUGAUCCAAAACAUGGCGACAAGCCAAGAUGUUUCCUGGAAUACACCAAUAAUUUCUGUAAUCCUAUGUAUAUACAAAAUCCCAAGACUGUACAAGAAAUAUUGAUGAUGCGUGAAUUGAGUCGUGGUGGUGGUGCUAGUGCCGCUGCCGGUGGACAAAUGUCAGCCGAAGGAUCUUAUUAUUAUAAUGCCUCAUCAAGUAGUUCAUACUCAGGAUCAUAUAGUGCCUCAUCAAGUUCAUCGGGUGCCUAUGGCGCCUCGGGAUCAGCUAGCAGUGCUGGUGAAAUUGUACAAAUCAGUCCACAAAGGGUUAAUCUUAAAUUGCGCAUAAACGAAGUCCAUAAUUUACAAUUCCGUUAUUCCCAAGCCGAAGACUAUCCCGUUGAUUUGUAUUAUCUUAUGGACUUGUCCAAAUCUAUGGAAGACGACAAAGAAAAACUCUCUGCCUUGGGUGAUUUACUGUCCGAAACUAUGCGUAACAUUACCUCCAAUUUCCGUCUAGGUUUCGGUUCCUUCGUUGACAAAGUACUGAUGCCAUAUGUUUCUACUAUACCCAAAAACAUGAUAGAACCAUGUCCAGGCUGUGCUGCACCCUAUGGUUAUAAAAAUGCCAUGCCACUAAGCAGGGACACCUAUCGGUUCUCAACUGAGGUAAAGAAAGCCGCUGUGUCUGGUAACUUGGAUGCUCCCGAGGGUGGUUUUGAUGCCAUUAUGCAGGCCAUAGCUUGUCGUCAACAAAUUGGUUGGCGGGAACAGGCUCGUCGCUUGUUGGUGUUCUCAACGGAUGCUGGUUUCCAUUAUGCUGGUGAUGGCAAGCUUGGUGGCGUCAUUACACCCAACGAUGGUGAAUGUCAUUUGAAUUCGGCUGGUCUCUAUACCCAUUCGGUGAUACAAGAUUAUCCCAGUAUUUCACAAAUCAAUCACAAGGUCAAACAGAACUCCAUUAACAUCAUUUUCGCUGUUACCCAAAAUCAACAUUCGGUAUAUCAAAAGUUAUCUCAACACAUUGAGGGUUCUUCCAGCGCUGUGCUGUCCAAUGAUUCUUCCAACGUUGUCGAUUUGGUUCGAGAGGAAUAUAGCAAAAUCUCUUCCUCCAUUGAAAUGAAGGACAAUGCCACUAGCCAUGUUAAGAUUACCUAUCACUCGACCUGUUUGAAUGGCGACACCGAGCUAUCCACAUCGAAAUGUGAUGGCCUGAAGGUGGGCGAUAUUGUAACAUUCAAUGCCAAAAUUAUGGUCACGUCUUGCCCCGCUGAUCCCGCCGAAUGGAAUCAAGUUAUUCAAAUCUACCCUGUUGGUAUUAAUGAAAGUUUGAUUGUCAACUUGGAAAUGUUGUGUUCAUGCGAUUGUGAGAGACCCGGUUCCAUUGGUUAUGAAUUGAAUUCCGAUCAAUGUAGCAAACAUGGCAAAUUGAUGUGCGGCAUUUGUGAUUGUGAUGAUAUGCACUUUGGUCAUUCGUGUGAAUGUUCCAACAAUGAAAUCCAUCCGGAGAAGGUCAACGAUUUUGGUUGCCGUGCUGACAACACUUCCGCCGUCGAUUGUAGCGGUCGCGGUACAUGUUUGUGUGGUGUUUGUGAUUGUGAAAAACGUGCCAAUGCCGAGGAAGUAAUUUCGGGACGUUUCUGUGAAUGUGAUAACUUCUCGUGUGAACGUCACGAGCAACAGUUGUGUUCGGGUCCAGAUCAUGGUACCUGUGAAUGUGGCCAAUGUGUGUGCAAACCAGGAUGGUCAGGCAGUGGCUGCAAUUGUAAGACAUCCAAUGAAAGUUGUUAUCCACCAGGUGGUGGCGAAAUUUGUUCGGGACGUGGUGAAUGUGUGUGCGGCAAAUGCGAAUGUAAAUCGACGGAAGAGGGUCGCUUCUCGGGUGAUCAUUGUGAAUACUGCCCCACGUGCACGGGUCGUUGCCAUGAACUUAAAGACUGUACCCAAUGUCAAGUGUAUCGCACGGGCCCCCUAAAAGACGAGGAAGAUUGUCGCACAAAUUGUACCCUAUUCACACCCAUCGAAGUGGAGAAGGUGGAAAUUGAUGAAACCAAAAAUGAAUAUUUGUGUAUAUUCUAUGAUGAAUACGAUUGUAAAUUCAAAUUCAAGUAUCGUGAAGAGGAUAACAAAAUCAUUGUAACCGCUCAGACAGAACGCGAAUGUCCACCUAAGGUGUUCAUGUUGGGCAUUGUAUUGGGUGUUAUUGCUGCCAUUGUAUUGGUUGGUUUGGCCAUUCUCUUGCUGUGGAAAUUGCUGACCACAAUUCAUGAUCGUCGUGAAUUUGCCCGAUUCGAAAAGGAACGCAUGAUGGCCAAAUGGGAUACGGGUGAAAAUCCAAUUUACAAACAAGCCACAACGACCAUCAGGAAUCCCAUGUAUACUGGCAAAUAAGUCGUGGGACGAUAUCCGUGGUUAACUUACAACCACCUUUAAAUUAAGGAUAAUUGCGUGGGAAGAAAAACGGAAAAUUAUAUACCGAACACCGAAUAUGCCAUAUAUAUAAAAAAUCCCAACAAUGUUUCUUCUUUUGUUUUCUCCUAACCAAUGAAUUGUCAGAAUGUCUUUGUCUAAUAGGUUUCGUUCUUUCUUUUAAUUGAUCAAAUAAUGUCUUCUCCUCUCAACUGCCAUUUAUUGAGUCGAACUUAAUUUUUAUAUUCUAAACAAAAAUUGUAUCUUCAUGCCCUCCUAUAUACAUUUUUUUAUUAUAUCAUCUAUAGAUCUGUAUUAGUCGCCACUUAAUAAUAUUCUUGACAAAGUACUAAAUAUGUGCCUCAAAAACAAUUUUUUACAUACAUACAAAAAUAUAUUUUGUACUUUUUUAAAUAGAAACAAACAGAAAAAACCGAAACUUUAUUUAAAAACGAUUUUUUUUUAAUUUCUAGUAUAUAAGAAACAAGAAAAAUAACUUAAAAAAGUAAGUCUAAAAGAAAACAUACACGUAUCGAACACAAAACAAACAAAAAUUGUCUUUAGACAAAAAGGAAACUUCAAAUUAUAUAAAUUAUACAACAAUCCUCCCAAAAAACGAAAACGCAACAACAUUGCAAUACUAAGCCAAAAUACCCAAUAAUAUGUUUUGUAUUAUUUACCACAACAACAACAAAAAACUAAUAAUAUUUUUUUAUUAAAAAAAAACUUCCGUAAAAAAAUAAUUCAUUUUUACCCUUUAUUUAUUUGUUUUUUUUUUUUUUAUUUUCUUCUUGUUUUUGUAUUAACCAUUGGUGUCUUUUAUUCUAAAAAACGUAAAUUGUGUAUGUAUUUUUUUGUUAAUUUUUAAUUUCAUAGUGUUCUCUACUUAAAUAUAAGUUACAUUUUUUAACUUCUAAGAAUUUUUUAAUUGUGUGUGUUUUUUUUUUUUUUUUUUGUAUGAUUUUAAUUAAUUUAAAAAAAUAUCUCUGUAUAUGUUUUUGAUUUUAAGUUCACUUUUUUAUUAUUAUUUUUUUUCAGUAUGUAGUUGAACUGAUUAAUAUUAACAUAAUUAAAUAAACAAAAAAAAAACAAAAA